UCGAGAUGCGGCUGCCGUGGCCGGGAUUCGAUACCGCGACCUCGUGCUUAGCAGCCUAACACCAUAGCCGCUAGGCAACCACGGCUGGUCUGUGAUCUUUACUUUCCUGUAAAUAAUGCUAUGCCACGCUGAUAACGCGAAUGCCGCUCGUGACCUGUAAGUGCCGGGCCUGCAGCGCUAAAGAAAUUAAAGGUACGCAAGAUAAGCGACGAAUAUUAUCUGGGGACAAGAUAAGCCCCGAAGAGUGCAAACUUUCCUCAAAGUGCAUUGUUGAUCAUUGCAUGAGUGUGUGUGAAACAAAAUUGUUCUACACGUGCACAGUGGAAGAGCCCAUAGCCUUAACAGCUUAGCUGCGCGGCUGUGGUAAACACACAUUCCCAGGUCUUGACAUAGUUCGCUCAACUUGACUGAACACACUAAUGCAUUCAUGCAACGGACCGUGCAUCGAACCGAUAUUUCUGUUGCUCUUGUUUUCAUGAUGCUGUUCGGCGCGAUUGUGUCGACGAACUGCUACUUCUGAGGCGCCUUGAAAGCAGCGUCCUUGCAACACUGUGCGAUGAAAAAAUUUGCUCGUGCAGCCCUUUACUAACACACAUCAACCAGGUUUUAUAGCGAUUGGUGCUCAAUUCCGUGAAAAGCGCUGAGUUUGUCGAAACUUCAUACAUUAAUGCCUGCACACGAUGGAAGCUCGAAGUUACAAUUGAGCCGGCCUGUGGCUUAAAGUCCAAGUUCUCAACCCAUUUGUCAAAAACAGCGUUAACAAAAGCGGGUUGCAAAGCAAAGCGCAAUGCCCGUGUUUACCUCGCUUCUCGUCUGUCAUCGCCGAGCUGUUUUCAGCUAGCAAAAGUUGCGAAAGUAUGGUCGUUGCCGAAACUAGGUUAGCCAUUACGGCGUUAUUGCGUCAAAGAUUUUCUCUUCGGUGUUUGCGCCAUGCAUCAUGCAGUUUCCGAGACUACGGUAUUGCUGCUAUACAUGUACUCCUGACCAGCCAGAUGACGGUACCACUCUUGACAUCAUUGUCGCUGCCACAAGCCGCCAGAGAGAGGGAGAUACAAGCUUUAAUAAUAUGCUGGAGAUGUUAGCCUGACUGAUGACCUGACAUGCUACUCCAAGUGCUGGGUGAUGCUUAUGACGUACGCAGUGAUAAACGCUAGGCUGCGAAGUAAAUGCAGCGGUAUGAAACGACAAGAGAUGCGCCCAUGUUUCACAGCUUGUCUGAGUUUUACUCGAGAAGAUAGAAGUCUAAAUAUAAUGCAUUUAGCGCCAAAAAGAAGAUCAUAUAGACGGGAGAACAUAAGGAAUGGACCAUUCAGUCUUUGGCAGCAACUAGCCCAACGCCAAGUACUAUUUAAAUCGAAGCUUGGAAAUGUUCGUGCUUCAGCGCGCGAUAGCAGCGAUGCCAAGUCAUCGCAUUUAGCGCGCAUCUGGAAACUUGCCGGUGUAGGGCACUCUUGCCUUGCGAUAAGCAAUCGCAGUUGCAAUCGCGAAUGUGAAUCGCGUCUUUCUCAUCUUUCUUUUAUUUCAAGGUGGGUAGCCUUAGCGCAUAGUAAAAAAAUGAAAUUAUAGAAAUGAAUGUAAUCCCGCAUCGUUCGGAAAGUUCAGUGACGCCCUGCAAUGACCGUCAUCCGGAACCCGCGUCCUGCAGUCAGCGCGCCGGUCACCGUGGAGACCUGACCGUCUGCAUGAGCAAAGGCAAUGUGAUGCGUCGUUCUAAAUUCCACCAUGCGCAAGGGUACGUGUCCUAGAUCUUCUGUCGACUGCGGAAAGCUUCAGCGCAAGGUCUUCGCUCGGCCACUUGGUCACGUGGGAGAGCACGGUGGUGGUGGUGUGUUCCCUCGUGCUGUCCGUCAUAUUCGGAUUCUUCAUUCUACAGAGUUUCCACUCCAGAAUGUCAAGCGGACUCAUGGCUGACAACGACGCGCAUGAAAUGCAAGACAACGUCGAUGUCUCAAAAUGGCCACAUAAGGACGGAGAGGCCGUGGGCAUGCAAGGAAGUCUCGACGUACGACGCUUAGAAGCUCCAACCUUGAAGCCCAGGAUGUCAAGGACUCGCAAGCACAAGUCUUCAAAUGAACAUACAACAAAGACUACGAAGAAAGACACAAGGACACAUGGCUCUCGUGCCCAACAGCGCGUCCCCGAGAAGCAGAAGUCUCUCAACGAGAAGCUCAAGAAUACAAAGAAGAAGAAGAACAAUUCUGCAAAGGCCCUCAAGCCUAAAACGAUUCCAAGCAAUACCGAAGAGUCGAACGAGCCCGCAAAGGGUUUGAAACCAAGCGGCAUUUCCAAUCACCUGCUGUGUUUCAUGUCCGACAACGCCACGGACAAACUACAGAUGCCGGCCGAGUACUGUACCCAUCUCGUCUACAGAGACAUGACCUUGAACAAACAGAGUCAUACCUUUGUGCCUGCCAAGAACGGCACCGGCUUCGACGAGUUCAUGUCCCUGCGCGAGCGCUUCGUGACGACCAAGUUCGUGGUCUCCCUGAACCCGGCGAUGGUGCGCGAGCUGCUGGACUACGCGGACAGAGACGAACGCAACCUGGCGGCCGUGUGCACCCAGCUGGCCAAGUGGAUCUCGCAGAACGAGCUCAACGGCGUCGCCUUCACGGGACAGCUCAUCACGAGCACGCGACACAAGAGCAUGCUGGCGGUGCUCAAGAACGUCCAGGAUGCCUUGAAGCAGUUGGGAGAACCUAAACCUGCCCUUAUCUAUUCUGGCUACGCAUCGCAUGACCAGUACACGCAGAAGAGUAUCAUGGGCAGGAUUAAGGAUUACCUCCGCGCCGCAGACAUCUUCGUGAUAGAGACUCACUAUCACGAAGAGGAGCAGUUCUGCAGGCUCGUCUAUCCGUCCAUCUUCGUUCGGAUCGACGACACACCCAGCAGCAUUCCUGUGAAAUCGGCCCUGCUCUGGAUGGAGAUGGUCAAAGAAGACGACGGCCUGAAUGGGACGCACAACAUGUGCUUCUCACUAGACAUGUCCACCAUGUCGUUCGACGUGGCAGCCAACAGCCGACCGACCGUUGGCGGAUGGUGCACGGGCCGCAAGUGGAUCAAUUACGGACAGAUGUGCGGCACGAAUGUCUGGGUGACGCCCGACGAGGACCGCGUAGCCCUGUCGACUUCCAGGCGCAAGCCGCAGACGUGGCUCGCCUAUGACAGCGAGGACGCCAUCAAGAAAAAGGGCAUUGGCUCCGGGUUCAGUUAG